UGUGUGUGAUUCGACAAAUGAGAAGAACGGGUCCCCGGCGAAAAAGACUGCAGCUCAUGGACACAUCCGAAGACGAAUCAGAAGUGACAUCAUGGCUAAAACUUUUGGAAAUCCCAGAGAUGAUGUCAACAACAGCAGCUCGACAUCAAAGAAUACAUUUCUGUCCUGAAGCGGAGCCCAAAGGGAAGAUGGUGACAGGUGAUGUCAGCAAACUGGCAUCCAAUAGGGUCCCCGGGGAUCUCCUGUGUUCAGCCACCUGUAUCCUACAAACCGCUGCUUUGCAUCCAGAAAUGUGUUAUAGAGAAACAGAAAACCACAGUGACUGGGAGGAAAUGCUAUAUGCAAAAUCGUGUACCAUCGUUGUCUGUUGUUUGGAACACCAAGUACACACAAGUUUUUGGAAAGAGUCGGCUCCCCUUCAGCAGAUAUUAUUGAUGAAUCUGGAGAUCCAGUUGAGGAUGAAGUGGAAGACCAUUAGCCUCCUGCUCAUUUUAUCUGCCCUCUUUUCUGAAGAAAUUGUCUGUGCAGAUAAUGAUGAAAUCCUAAACUCUUUAUUAAAAUUUGCUAACCAAAUAAAAAAAAAUCCAGACAAGCAGAAGAAUAACGACAUAGACAUGUUCUUACUAGGUAAAGAUGGGUUCAUGGGAUACAUGACAGCAGGUAUUUGCAAUGAAAAAGGUCACUGGAAACAUUCACUUGGCUCAGAUCUGGGUGGUUGUGUUCAAUCUUCAGGAAACAACUUCAACAUCCUCAUUUUUCCAUUUGAUAAAAAUGGCAACUGUACUGAAAACACAUUAUGUUCAACAAAUAGAAGUGACUUAGGUGUUUCUUUUACAAGAGUCUCACCAUAUAAACUCGCCAUAAACAGAUUAGUUCUACCCACGUUUGUCUGUUUAAUUAAAGGACACUGCAGAAAUUCUUCUUGGAUAAACUGGAUUACAAACGAUUGUGAUUGGACAAAAAAUGACACGAACUACUUCAAAACCAACGACACCAAAUGUAAUAUGACCUGUCUGAAUCCUACAACGACAUGUAAUUAUGCAGUCUAUGAUUCCAGCUGUAGUGGUGUCAAUGCAAGUGGUGAAAAUAACGUAAAUAACUAUGUGAUCGAUGAAAUGGGCGCAGCUUGUUCUAAGUGUGGUAGUCCACUUCGAGUUUUGACAGAAGUCCAAAACCCAGAACUCGCAGCAAUGUUUGAACCGAAAAAUGACAGCGCACCAGAGAUAAGUGCUGCGACAGCUGCCGUGGCCAUGAAAAGCCUCUCCAAAAUAUUGUCUUCGAUGGAGAACAUGACCAUAGCAUCUGUAUCCAUGGGUAGCGUUAAAGGAGUUUUAAAGAAAAUUCAAAGUGAGUCUGAAGUCACGGACACCGCUUUCAUUUACUCUCCAGAAACUGGCGUCAGCGUUAUAGAUGAUAUUUCAGUACUGAAGAAAUUUCCUAAUGCUUUAAUUGUACCAAAGGAAGCAGCACAGCAAGCCCUCAACCAGAGCGCCAGAGGUGCUUUUCUGGGGGUGUUCAGAUUUCCCAACAUGUCAAAGGAUGCAAACAAUAGCGUAGUAUUGAACAAUGAAGUUUACGCAAUCGAAAUGGGGACACAAAUCAAAAAUCUGAGUAACACCAUCAAUUUGAGCUUCAACAUGAGUCAGAGCAUGCCGGGAACUCCUACAUGUUACUCAUGGGAUGGAAAUGGGAGUAAGCCAGACUGGACAACUGAGGGGUGCAGAACUGUGGUGAACGGAAGUGGGAUAACAUGCAAAUGUGAACACUUGACUUUCUUCGCUGUGCUUAUGAAAUCAUUUCAAGAGGCUGUAUAUCACAAUAGGGGGAAAAAGGACAAUCGUAACUUCCGUUUCAUGCCAACUAAUGAGAGUGCGCCUCCAGAUAUAACCCUUCGAGAAAGUGACCUCACCGCUCUCACCUACAUCACCUACAUCGGCUGCGGCCUUUCCAUGUUUUUUCUGGGGGUCGGACUCUUCAUGCACUUCCUCAUGAGGAAAGCAAAGGCCACUAGUUCAGUCCAUGUGCUGAUUAAUCUUUUCGUGGCACUGUUCAUGCUCAAUGUGGCCUUUCUGACCAAUGAGUAUGUGGUACAAGCCAAAAACUCCAUCUUAUGCAGGGUCAUGGCUGCAUUCUUGCACUAUUGCUUACUCGCUAGUUUCACCUGGUUUGCGGUAGAGGCUUUGCAUCUCUGUCUGCAAAUGACCAAAACAACUACCCUCAAACAUUACCUUCUCAAGAUCACUGUGGCUGGAUGGGCUCCUCCUGCUUUUGUUGUCAGUGUCAUUUUCUCCUUGGGCAAAUAUGGUGAGGAGAACAUAAAGACAGAAAGUAGCAACGUAACCAUGUGCUGGAUCGUUGACUCCACUGUCCACUACGUGGUGAACAUCGGUUAUUAUUGCUUUGUGUUCACCUUCACCCUGGGCACCUUCAUCGUGGUGGUGCGGUGGCUCAGCAUGCUGCGGAUGAGCAAGUGGAGUAAGGAUGGGAAGGUGAAGCGCUCAAACACGGCAACCUCAGACAUCUUCACCAUGCUGGGCCUGUGCUGCCUGCUGGGACUGACCUGGGGCAUUAGCUUCUUCAGCUACGGAGCUCUGCGCAUCCCCUCCUACUACAUCUUCACCAUACUCAACUCCUUACAAGGAUUCUUCUUGUUCGUGUAUUACCUGAAAACGAGCACCUUCUUUGGAGACUCGGCUCCUUCAGAGAAGUCUGAGAAGACUGAAGUAACAGAUAAUCCAUAUGAAGACGCCACAUAAGACAACACAAGACCCGUCUGAAUCUCACCUCCAUAUCUUUUAUAUUUUACAUUCAUUUGCAGUAUUAGACUGUGAUCAUCCAAUGCUGAGUUUGAUUAACAUAUGAAACUAAAUGUGCUUUUAUUUCAGCUCAAAAAUUGCAUUUCUGGUGAAGGAAUCUGCAUUAUUACUAUUAAGAGAAAUUCAAAGCACUCACACAUAAGGUGGAUAUUUAUUAAACAAUUCAAAUUUUAAAUUCAAGUUUACUUGUAUAUCACUUUUGUAACGUAAGGACGCAGGACAACAGAGAUGAGGAUCCACAUGCAGUUCAAUAAUCAAGAGUAGUCAGGCAGGCAAUGGUCAAAUAGGUACAAACAGGAGCAUUAGGGUAAUCCAAAGAACAUAGUCAAAAUAAUGGGCAAAUCAUCAGGACAGGUAACAUAACAGCAUAAGCAGUAAACAAAAACAAAUGUUAAAACACCCAUGGGAAGGCAAGACAAAGAAACCGCUUCAUAAUGCUACCAGUGAACAAGACUCAGCAAAGUGUGUGAGAAUGUGAGGUGUAUAAAUAAUCCAAGUCAAUCAUAAGCUUCAGCUGUGUGUGUGUGUGUGUGUGUGUGUGUGUGUGUGUGUGUGUGUGUGUGUGUGUGUGUGCGCGCCAGUGUCUGAAUGAUUGUCAAAUGUGGCAGGAGUGAUGAGUGCAAAGACUUCCGGGAGUUGUAGUUCAUAUCAGUGGCACAUGUGUAGUUCUCCAGCACUCUGCACAGGCUAGAUCGCUGGUGAUCGUGACAAUUUUUCACAAUUCUGCGCACCUCAUUACAUAACAGUUAAAAUUAGAAAGAUUAAGGGGGUUGUGUAAAGGGUUGGCAGUAUAUAAACAUAGUUAACCAGCAGUUAUAUACAAUAUAGUGUCUCUCCAAUAAGAAAUAAUAUUUACAUCUAAUAAUAAUAAUACAUGUACAAUGAAGUGUAUUUACGGUGACUUGUUGGUUAGGACUGUAGCCUCACAGCAAGAAGAUCACCGGUUCAAGUCCCAGGUGGGCCAGUUGGCAUUUCUGUGUGGAGUUUGCAUGUUCUCCCUGUGCUGGCGUGGGUUUCCUCCUGUUUCCCCCACAGUCCAAAGACGUGCGCUAUAGGUGAAUUGGGUAAACAAAAUUGGCCACAGUGUGUGAAUAAGAGUGUAUGGGUGUUUCCCAGUACCGGGUUGCAGCUGGAAGGGCAUCCACUGUGUAAAACAUAUGCUGAAAUAGUUGGCGGUUCAUUCCGCUGUGGCAACCCCUGAUAAAUAAGGGACUAAGUCCAAGGAAAAUGAAUGAAUGAAAAUGUAAACCUAAUGUUACACUUUGCGUAAAAUGUAACACUUGAGGAAACUAGAGCAUAUGAAUGACAGACAUUUGCUAUCUCGGUUACAGUUUAGGAAAUGAAUAUUAAAAAUACUAAAAAAUGUUCUCAGUCCAGUUUUAGAUGGGUAAUAAUAAUCAUGUUAAUAAUACAAUACAUAAUCUUUUUUGUUAGUUUUUUUGCUAUUUUCUUAGACUGUUACACACAUAACAGAUUUUCACUGUGAUUUAAUGAUAUGAAUGUAUUUAUCUUUACUUUGUAUAUUGUUUUAUGCAUGUAUAUUCUAAACAUGAUUGU